AUGAAUUCAUCAUAUGGUAAAACUAUUCAAAAACCAAUUAAAUCUGAUUUAGUGUACAAAAAUAUUGAAACUAAAGUUAACAAUGAAAUUAGAUAUAAUGCAGAUAGAUAUCUUAAAAAGAAUUUCACAUUAGUUAAAUCUAUGAAUGAUAUAUCAGAUAAUAUCAGAUGUUUUGAAACAAAUAAAUCAUUUGAUAACUUUUAUGUUCCUAACUUAAUUGGAGUACAAAUAUUAAGUAUGAGUAAGAGAAUAAUGAAUGAAGUAAUAUGUUUAGCUGAGGAUUUAAAUAUUCCGGUAUAUUAUCAAGACACUGAUUCAAUUCAUAUUUUAAAGAAUAGUAUCGAAUUAUUAGAACAAAAAUAUAAAGAAAUAUAUGGGAAAACGUUAAGAGGCGGUGAAUUAGAACAGUUUCAUCCAGAUUUUGAUGAAUUAUCUGGAGAUGUAACAAGUGUAGAAUCUUACUUCUUAGGUAAGAAAGCUGAUUGUGAUAAAUUAACAAAUGAAAAGAAAGAAUAUGCGAAUCAUCUAAGAAUGAAAGGAAUUCCAAAUAAAGUAUUAAAAAUACAAUAUAAAGAUCCAUUAGAAUUAUAUAAGAAACUAUAUGAAGGAGAGCCUUAUACAUUAAAUUUACUUGAGUUAAAACCAAGUUUCGAAUUCGAUAAACAAUUUAAUAUUAAAACAAGAGAGCACUUUACUAGAAAGAUAUCAUUUUAA